AGAGCCUACUGGGGACGUCGAAGAAAAAAAAAUGGUAAGCGGAAAUUCCCGAGCGAACUUCGUCCCCGACAAUACGACAAACAUGGACCGACAGCGAUGAGUACACUCCUUCAACGGCUGGCUGCUCAUCUAGGCUAUUCUCAAACAGUGCUCCAGCUUAAAUGGAUGUUAGCAUUUACACAAGCGUCGAAGAAAUCACAUUUUGAACUUGUCGACAGACAAAUGAAAGACGAGCCUCUGCAGUACCUUCGGGGUUCUCAGCCAUUUGGUGGUAUCGAUUUGAUUGUACGGCUUCUAGUGCUCAUUCCGCGUCCGGAAACUGAAGACUGGGCCAUUAGACUAGCCAAAACCAUCAUGCCGUCACCAGAAUACCCUAUAUUUGCACCAGAUUUGUGUACACGCUGCUCUUAUGUCUAUGACCGCAAGGGAGUGUCCGUGCUUGCAGUAUUGACGUCUCUGCUGAAGCAGUAGAGCCGGCGGCGGAGAACGUUGCAAGACACGAUGUUCCAUCUGUGGCAGACGCUCGAAGUAGUUUCAAAGUUCAGCAAGGACGUUCCAGAUCCAGCGUCUCCUGGAGCUACCGUUCGACGUUCUCGCUUCUAAUCUACCCAUGGAAAGAAUACCUUGAAUUGCCUCCUUCGGUCGUGCGAUACGAAAAUCCAAAGGCACUUUUUGGUGGCCCGUUAGGUUUCAUCUUGAGUUAUAUCGCGCCAUCGCAGCAUUUCCCAA